AUGAAACAAAAAGAAAAGGCAUCCCUCAGGUGUGGACUGGACAACGCUUCAGAUAGUGAAUUAGCAGAGGUGAAGAGGAGUUUCCUGACCAGCAACAGUGUAAAACCGGUCGGAGUCGGUCCACUUGCUGUUUCUUCGGGGCAGCAAUACAGUCGCGUGGCUGCCAUGAGGACUCAGGCAGCCGAUGGAAAACAGUAUACGGUCCUUUUCCUUCUGACAGAGUCCGGAUUCCUCCACAAAGUGGUUUUGCUUAAUCGGGGUGCACACAUCAUCGAGGAGAUUCAGGUCUUCAGACAACCUCAGCUGGUCAAAAACAUCAUCCUCUCCCCGUCCAAGGGAGUUCUGUAUGUGGGGACAUCGGAGGGGGUGACUGCUGUUCCUGUUGCCAGGUGCUCGAUCUACAGAUCCUGCAGCCAGUGUGUUCUGGCCAGAGAUCCUCUGUGUGGAUGGAGCCGGACCAGCAGGGUCUGCACUGGUCUGGACAGUCAUGAGAACAUGCAAGUGAAAGUUGCCUUUAUUACUCUGGUUCAAGAUCUGGAGGAUGGCAACGUGGAAGAGGAAUGUCUGAUUCAAACCCGGGUCAGCCUGGACACAGAAGUCGGUGUUCAUUUGAACGAAGCAGUGAGGCUUCAGUGUCAGAAGCCUUCCAACCUGGCCACUGUGACCUGGACAUCCCCCCGAUUCAGAAACCUGCCAGAGAAACUCUUCAUCCUGUCAGCUGAUGGCAGUUUGAGCUUCCUCGCCACCGCCGACACCUUCGGGAUUUAUCGCUGCGAAGCGGUGGAAGGCGGGUACAAGGAAGAAGUUGCAAGCUAUGCUGUCCGACAGAUUGCUCCUCCUCGCUCCAUGAGCCCGAUUCCAAUAACCGGUGAAAACCAUGUGGCCAACAACAUGUUAUGGUUUUGGUUGUGGUACUUCAUGUUUUAGUUGAUUUAUCACUUUGUGUCUGGAUAUAUAACAUAAAAUAAUAAACAUAAAAUAUUUAAAUAUAAAAUUGACAACAUAUAAAAGAGUAAUGAAGAUUAGCCUGGUCCCAAGCAGCUAAAUAGCCUGGUCCAAAAUAGUUUAAAAGCCUAGUCCCGAGAUGCUAAAUAGCCUGGUUCAAAAUAGCUUAUUAGCCUGGUUCCAAGUAGCUUAUAAGCCUGGUCCCAAGUAGCUAAAUAGCCUGGUCCAAAAUAGCUUAUUAGCCUGGUUCCAAGUAGCUUAUAAGCCUGGUCCCAAGUAGCUAAAUAGCCUGGUCCAAAAUAGCUAAAUAGCCUGGUCCAAAAUAGCUAAAUAGCCUGGCCCAAAAUAGCUAAAUAGCCUGGUCCAAAAUAGUUUAAUAGCCUUGUUCCAAGUAGCUUAUUAGCCUGGUUCCAUGUAGCUAAAUAGCCUGGUCCCAAGUAGCUAAAUAGCCUGGUCCAAAAUAGCUUAUUAGCCUGGUUCCAAGUAGCUAAAUAGCCUGGUCCCAAGUAGCUAAAUAGCCUGUCAUUAGGAAGUUUUGCGUGUCUGUAAACAACUA